ACAUUCCUUGCAAACGACGGCUCACACUUCUUCUGACUGACAAAUUUUAAGGUUUUUUUGCUUCUCGAGGUUUGACAAUAUGGACGAGAUCACGAGAUGGCACAAAUGGCAAGAGGGUGAACUGAUAAAUCGAUGAGAUACUGAGAUCUUUAUGGCCUCUUUGCGAGCCUCCAAGCUGCCUAAUUUCGAAGGCCAUAUGACCUGCAAUCUUUUUACCCAAGUCGCCGGACAGCAUCACCGCACAGCACUGUACUUCAGCCUGUUAUCCAAGCAGCUUUUUGCCCCGACUGGUGAUCGAUCGGUUGUUCUAAAGAUGCAAGCCGUCGCACGAUACAGCUAAGCUAGGCGCUUUCGUUGACCGGCAAGCUCUUAAUUACGAGCAGAGAAGCCGGAAACAGACCGGAGCACAUCGCGCAAACGGCCCAACGCCACACCAGAUGGAGAGCAAGAGCUGGAAGCGGCUGCCGCAUUCGUCCGACGUGAAGCCGACGGUGCUGGCGAUCGCGGUGAGCGUGAUGGCCCUGCUGCUCAUGGCCGUCCUCUUCGGCGCCCGGUGGACACCAUCCAGACACGGGGACACAUUCGUCUCCGCCGGAGUCCGCGUCGUCGUGACCGCCGUGUCCGACCAAGGCCCUGCACGGCCCACGGCGACAGUGCCGGAACCUGGCGACCGGCUCCUGGGCGGCCUCCUCUCGCCGGACUUCGACGACGGCUCCUGCCUCAGCCGCUACCGCGCCGCGCUCUACCGCCGGCAGUCGCUGCACAUCCUGUCCUCGCACCUCGUCUCCAGCCUCCGGCGCUACGAGUCCUUGCACCGCCUCUGCGGCCCCGGCACCUCGGCGUACGCCCGCGCCGUCGCCCGGCUGCGGGAGUCCAUGUGGCCGUCGUCCUCGUCCAACACCUCCGACUCCGCACCAUCGGAAUGCAAGUACCUCAUCUGGAGCCCGCUGGAGGGCCUGGGCAACCGCAUCCUCUCCAUCGCCUCCGCCUUCCUCUACGCGCUCCUCACCGACCGCGUCCUCCUCCUCCACCCGCACGGCGACGACCUCGGCGACCUCUUCUGCGAGCCGUUCCCCGGGUCAACAUGGGUGCUCCCGGAGAAAGAUUUCCCCAUCGGCAGCAUCGACCACUUCAACGUCGUCGGCACCAAGGAGAGCCUCGGCAACACGCUGGGCCGCCGUGGCGAGCAAGGGGCGCCGGCGCCGGUGCCGUGGAUGUACGUGCACCUGAUGCACGACUACAAGGACCGCCUGGACCGGCGCUUCUUCUGCGACGAUGGGCAGGACGCGCUGCGGGGCGUGCCCUGGCUCGUGCUCCGCUCCGACAACUACUUCGUGCCGGGCCUCUUCCUGGUCCGGCGGCUCGAGCCCGAGCUAACCCGCCUCUUCCCGCGCCGCGACGCCGCGUUCCACCACCUGGGGCGGUACCUGAUCCACCCGAGCAACGCCGUGUGGGGCAUGGUGAGCCGGUACCACGGUUCCUACCUCGCCGCGGCGGAGGACCGGGUCGGCAUCCAGGUGCGCGACUUCUACUGGGCGCCCAUCUCCCGCCACGACCGCUACGCCCAGAUCGCCUCCUGCGCGCACCGCGAGAACAUCCUGCCCACCGUGCUCGCUAACUCCACCGCGGCCCCGGCGAGCUCAGCUGCAGGCAGGCGCAAGGCUGUGCUCGUCGUGUCGCUGCACGGCGUGUACUACGAGAAGAUCAGGGACAUUUACUACGAGCACGGCGCGGCGGGCGGGGAGGCCGUGAGCGUGUUCCAGCCGACGCACCUGGGCGGGCAGUACUCGGGCGAGCGGCAGCACAACCAGAAGGCGCUCGCCGAGAUCGUGCUGCUCAGCUUCUCGGACGUCGUGAUCACGUCGGCCGUCUCGACGUUCGGGUACGUCAGCCAGGGGCUGGCCGGGCUGAGGCCGUGGGUGCUCAUGGGCCCCGUGGGCGGGAAGACACCCGACCCGCCGUGCCGGCUUGCUGCCACCAUCGAGCCGUGCUUCCAUACCCCGCCCAACUACGACUGCCCGGCAAGGACGGGCGGUGACAGCGGCAGGAUGGUCCGGCACGUCCGGCGGUGCGAAGACUUCCCGGAGGGCGUCCAGUUGGUGGAAUACUGACAAACUUUUUAUUUUACGUAUUUUCUCGGAGUAGUUACUGAACAUUCUUUUGAGGACACAAGUUACUGAACAUUUCCAGCGCAAAAAAAAAAGUUACUGAACAUUCAGAAAUGCACAACUAAUAAAAUUACCGUUCUCUGAAA